GAUAGAGGCGGCGGCAGCAUGCUGAGCGCAGUCGCCGCACAAUGCCUCAUACAAACUUCCCCGAGCUGUGGAAGUAGACUUCUUUACCUUCAUGCCACCGCAGGGGUGACACCAAGAGCCAAACACACAGAACCAAAGAUCAAAACUACAGCGGUCAAGCUACAGCAGCCGCUCCGGUGAUCCGCUCUGCUCAGCGCAUUCAGUAAGGAGAUUGAUCACACGCAACCUGACGAGAUGAGCAGCACCAAGAAGAUGGAGGAUGAGGCGGUGCUGGACCGGGGGGCGUCCUUACUCAAGCACAUCUGCGACGAGGAGGAGGUAGAGGGUCACCACACCGUUUACAUCGGCGUGCACGUGCCCAAGAGCUAUCGUCGUCGGAGGCGUCACCGUCGGAAAACCGGCCACAAGGACAGAAAGGAGAGGUUGACGGAGAACACGUCUGACAAGUCGGACACAGAAAACAACGAUGAAACCAGCAACAGCAUCCUCAAACCUCUCAUCUCGCCGGCAGCCGAGAGGAUCCGUUUCAUCCUCGGCGAGGAGGAUGACGGCCCGGCGCCCCCUCAACUCUUCACUGAGUUGGAUGAGCUGCUGUCGGUGGAUGGACAGGAGAUGGAGUGGAAGGAGACAGCCAGGUGGAUCAAGUUUGAGGAGAAGGUAGAGAAAGGAGGUGAACGCUGGAGUAAACCCCACGUGGCCACGCUGUCCUUACAUAGCCUUUUUGAAUUGCGGACGUGCAUAGAGAAGGGCACCAUCAUGCUGGACAUGGAAGCUUCCACUCUACCUCAGGUUGUUGAGAUGAUCACUGACAACCAAAUAGAGAUCGGUCAGCUGAAAGCAGAGCUGAAGGACAAAGUGAUGUACACGUUGCUACGGAAACAUCGUCACCAGACCAAGAAGUCCAACCUGCGCUCUCUGGCGGACAUCGGCAAGACGGUCUCCAGUGCAAAUAGUCCGACCACAACUCACCGGAACCUGACCUCCAGCAGCCUGAACGACAUUUCUGACAAACCGGAAAAAGAGCAGCUGAGGAACAAGUUCAUGAAGAAGUUGCCGAGAGACGCCGAGGCCUCCAACGUGCUGGUGGGGGAGGUGGACUUCCUGGACUCGCCAUUUGUGGCGUUUGUUCGUCUGCAGCAAGCGGUGAUGCUGGGAGCCUUAACAGAGGUUCCUGUUCCCACAAGAUUUUUAUUCAUCUUGCUCGGACCCAAAGGCAAAGCCAAGUCGUACCAUGAGAUAGGAAGAGCGAUCGCCACGCUGAUGUCAGAUGAGGUCUUUCAUGACAUUGCGUAUAAGGCCAAAGACAGAGAAGACCUGCUGGCCGGUAUCGACGAGUUCUUGGAUGAGGUGAUCGUGCUUCCUCCUGGAGAGUGGGACCCAGCCAUCAGGAUAGAGCCUCCGAAAUCUCUCCCCUCCUCUGACAAAAGGAAAAACAUGUAUGCAGGAGGAGACUCUCAGAUGAACGGAGAUAUGCCUCAUGAUGGAGGUCACGGAGGAGGGGGACAUGCUGCAGGGGACGAGCUGAAGAAGACUGGAAAGUUUUGCGGGGGUCUCCUACUUGACAUCAAACGAAAAGCGCCUUUCUUUGUCAGUGACUUCACCGAUGUAUUUCACAUUCAGGCCUUGUCGGCCAUUUUGUUUAUUUACCUGGGAACUGUGACGAACGCCAUCACCUUCGGUGGUCUGCUGGGGGACGCUACAGAAAACAUGCAGGGUGUGUUGGAGAGUUUUCUGGGCACAGCGAUCACCGGUGGGGUUUUCUGUCUGCUGUCUGGCCAGCCUCUCACCAUCCUCAGCAGCACAGGUCCUGUUCUGGUGUUUGAAAGGCUGCUCUUUAAUUUCAGCAGAGAUAAUGCCUUUGACUACCUGGAGUUCCGCCUGUGGAUCGGCCUGUGGUCGGCGUUCUACUGCCUGGUGCUCGUGGCCACUGACGCCAGCUACUUGGUUCAGUACUUCACCAGGUUCACCGAGGAGGGCUUCUCCUGUCUCAUCAGCUUCAUCUUCAUCUACGAUGCCUUCAAGAAGAUGCUCAAAUUAUCUCACCACUAUCCCAUUAACGCAGAAUUCAAGACGGACUAUGUCACACAAUAUGACUGCCUCUGUAUGGCCCCUGCUAUUCUAGAGAACACUACAGACAUCAUUGGCGAUCCUUUAGAAGGUACUUCAGUGUGGUACUGGAACAACACUGAUCUGCCGUUGAACGCCACGUGGUCGUCCCUCUCAAAGACGGAGUGCUUAAAGUACAAUGGAGAGCUGGUGGGGAAGGCCUGCGAGUUUGUGCCAGACAUCUCCCUCAUGUCCUUCAUCCUGUUCUUUGGUACUUACACCUGCUCCAUGUGUCUGAAGAAGUUCAAGACGAGCCCAUUCUUCCCCACCACCGUGAGGAAACUCAUCAGUGACUUUGCCAUCAUCCUGGCCAUCUUCAUCUUCUGUGGAGUCGAUAUGCUCAUAGGAGUCGAUACUCCUAAACUUAUUGUGCCAACUGAAUUCAAGCCAACAAGUCCUAACCGAGGCUGGUUUGUGCCCCCGUUCGGAGGAAACCCCUGGUGGGUUUACCUGGCGUCGGCUCUCCCUGCCCUGCUGGUCACCAUACUGGUCUUCAUGGACCAACAGAUUACUGCUGUGAUCGUCAACAGGAAGGAGCACAUGCUGAAGAAAGGGGCAGGUUACCAUCUGGAUCUGUUCUGGGUGGCCGUUCUGCUAAUUGUUUGCUCCUUCAUGGGUCUGCCAUGGUACGUGGCCGCCACAGUUAUCUCCAUCGCUCACGUCGACAGUCUGAAGAUGGAAACAGAAACCUCAGCUCCUGGAGAGCAGCCGAAGUUCCUGGGUGUGAGGGAGCAGAGGGUCACUGGUGUGGUUGUGUUCAUCCUGACAGGACUGUCUGUAUUUAUGUCUCCUAUUUUAAAGUUCAUCCCCAUGCCUGUGCUGUAUGGAGUCUUCCUGUACAUGGGAGUCGCCUCUCUCAAUGGAGUGCAGUUUAUGGAUCGUCUCAAGCUGCUCCUGAUGCCAGCGAAGCAUCAGCCGGACCUGGUUUACCUGCGACACGUUCCCCUCAGGAAGGUCCACCUCUUCACCUUCAUCCAGAUCCUUUGCUUGGCUCUGCUCUGGAUCCUCAAGUCCACUGUGGCCGCCAUUGUAUUCCCUGUCAUGAUCCUCGCUCUGGUGGCCGUCAGAAAAGCAAUGGACUACAUGUUCUCCCAGCAUGAACUCAGCUUCCUGGACGACGUCAUCCCAGAGAAGGACAAGAAGAAGAAAGAGGACGAGAAGAAGAAAAAGAAAAAACGAGGCAGCAUAGACAGUGACGCUGAAGACUCUGACUAUCCUUACAGUGAGAAAGUUCCCAGCAUUAAAAUCCCCAUGGACAUGAUGGAGCAGGAGCCUUUCUUAGGUGAUAAGGCCUCGGACAGAGAGAAGUCUCCAUCAUUCCUUGACCGACACACAUCGUGCUGAGCAGCUUCGCUACUACCAGGCCAACUACCUGUCCAGCCCUGAGAUGAGUCCGCUGAAGUCUGUGCCUCAGAUUACAAUAGACAUGGACCCAGACGAUGAUAAUUCCUUCUACUGGAAGAGCAGAGGAUCGGAAACGUCUCUGUAGGGCACCGAAACACCGCCAGGCAACUCUCUUUUACUUUCCUUUAUAAACGAUAUUCUUUUUAACUCCAAAAUCCUCUCCACGAUUUCAAGACUUUGUUCUGAGUAUGUCGUAGAGAAAAGAAAGGGAACGCACUAAGACAAAAAAUAAAGGUCCAACACAUGACACAAGGAAACGUAUUUUCUAAUAGCCAUUUUAAAAGCAUUUCUGUCCUCACCUUCCUCACCGCUCCACAGUAGGCUGAUAAAUGUAACUCUUACUACUCUUCUAUGCAACUCUUCCCACACAUCAACAGAAAAUGCCGCAGCUCUGUGACCAUGCAUUAAAUCGCCUCCCUGCUCUUUUUUUAUAUAAAUAUAUAUAAACAUCACCUUUCUGAAUGUUUGUAUACAUUGAUUUACUCUAACAACAUUUUCCUGUAGCAGGAAAAUUAUGUUUUUUGUUUUUUUUUAUAGCUCUACCUCUUGUUUUAGAUUUAAUGCUUAUUAUGAACAAAUGCAACAUGUUGAUUUUUGACGCAGCAUGGACUUUUGAUAUUUUCUCUCUCUUGUAGAGUUGAAAUGAUUCAAGAGAUUCACUGUAUUAUAGCUUGUGAAGGAAAUGUGUGCAAAUAGCUUAUUUUCAGUUAAUUAACAGUUAAUUAACAAUGCAUAUUUGUAUGCAGAUGAGGUAAAUAUUUGUAUCAUCACUUUUUGAUGCAGUUUUGAUUGCUCCACCUUCUCUUUCAAAUCUUCUGAAUCUUUCUUUCAUGUUCACUUCAAAGCUUUUGUUACUCUUUUAAUCAUUUCUUCAUUUUCUUUUCUUUUUUAUGAUUAUUUUGUGUGUAUGUAAUGUUUUAUUAUGUCCUUUUUUUCCCCUUUUGUGGGUAGAAAACAGUUCAGUGAUACAUAAUCAUCGGAUUUUCCUCAGCCAAACUUAAAUUCUAAUAACUAGAAAUGCAUUUCAUAUAAUUGCUUGUGCUACACAAACUAAUUUACCUAAGUGGCUUAUAAGAGAUCGAUUCAGACUGAAAUGAUUAUUGUGACGAGGGAUUAAGAGAAGGGAAGCAAAUCCAUGUAAACGUCAAGCAGCAGGUUUAUUUCUUCUUGUCUCGGCUGCUGUUCGAAGUAACUGAUGUGAAAAUUGGAUCACAUGUUUUUAUUUUCAUUUUAUAUAUUAAUGGUUUGGAUUUUUCGAGUCUAUCCUAACACAAUACUUGCAUGCAAUGCUUUAUGUACAUUAAGGGAGUUAUUGGUCGCUGUUAUCAUUGUUCCUGUACAGGCGGUGACGUGUUCCCUUUGACGAGCAACUCAACUGAGAGUUAUGCAUCCAUAGUUAGAGGCUGGCAGUCUCUAACAAGUCUGAAGUUUGCAUCUUGUUUGUGUUAAUUGCGCCUUGUUUUCACAUCGCUCUGAGUACGUAUGCGAGUAAACUCCUCCUUAUGUUUUUUUUUUUCCCGGUCCAUAAUUUUCCUUGAGUAUGUUGAAAUAUUUUUACUUUUGCUGCGUAUUUUGAACACAGGAAGUUGGCAUUUUAACUUAAAAUUAGGCUAUUUCAUGCAAUUCAGUCAAAUUGUGUAAUUGUAUAAUAAUAAUAAAAACUAGUUGAGCUAGUUCAACACAUUGUGAAAUUAGUAAAAUUAGUUAAAUAAAAGUCUCGGUAAUGCUCCAGGUACAUAUUCCAUAAACACUGGAUGGCAAAAAACACACAAAAUCUACUUUUCUCUCAUCUCUGCGGUGGCUUUUCUAUCCACCCGUAGAUAGAUGCAUUUCCUUGCGCUGAACACUAGGGGGCGGACUCCGUUUACUAUACAGAAUUACGGAAAACGAGUGUAAACGAGGCGUUAACCGUUGCUCCAAUUGGACAGUCAUUUCCUCACAUUGACACUAUAUUAACGCACGCUGAAGUAGUUCAACUGCCAAGCUACAGUAUGUGGCGCUUUAGUUAUAUCAUUAAGAAUUGCGAACCUGCUUACAGUGCUUUUUUUACAUAUUUUAGUGGAGAAGAAAAUCACUAUAUGCUUCAUGCGAGAAACAAAACGACUGCAAUUGGUUCUUGCGGGGUUGACACUCAUUUAGAUAAACCUUUCACAACUAACCAGCGUCCCCACUGGGCGCCUCGAGUCUUGGUGGGUGACGCCAACGUGUUUCUUUUUUAGGUCCAGUUAAUAAUAAUUGAAUUAAAGGAAUCUUGUUGGUUUCCGGUGUUUGAAUCUGUAUGGGUGAGAGGCCUAAGCCAAAACAAGUGGGUAUCAAGUUGUGUGGUCUUAUGGGAAGUGUCGUGUCUACAGAGGGAGUUUCAUAUUCACAAAAGACCGUAAUGUUGGAGGAAACCUAUUUGAGUUGUUUCUCUGGCCUCAUCACCACCACUUCUUUUCACAGUGUAGUUGCAUUAGGAAGAUAUCGUCUCACGUCCAGUAUGGAGAGGAGGAAUGAUUACAGUGAACAAUAACUUAAUAUGCUAGUACGUAGACUUGUAAAAAUCCAAACUCAUCCUUAAAACAAAACAUCCACAGUUUGUUUUUAGGACUUAAUCUCAAUCUGCUCUAUUGAGGCAGAACAUGUUGUACGAACAUUCCUGCAGAGUUCCCCGUGAGUCCACACAGACGCAUCCAGAAAGAAUCAAACCUUGACUUUUACUGGCCAGUAUUACCGACUGAAGCACUGUUCAUCAUUACAGAAUCCCCACUUCAUCUCUAAAGGGCACACUGAAGCACUUUCUCUUCUGGAUUGUUAAGUCUUAAGUGGAAGUCCUCUCUGUCUCCAUCACUACUUUAGAAAUACAAUUAAACUGUGUGGUAAAUGAGCCGCCUCUGUAAAUCAUGUACAUAAAAGGCACUUCGGCUCAAACCAAAAUGCAACAAGUUACUUUGUACCAUCCCGGUUCUUUGUCUUUUAAUUUGUUUUUGUUUGAGUUCAUCGACCGAAGUAACAAAGUCAUUUAUACUCCACAUCAGUGUUUUUAUUCGUCAACAGCAGCGAGGUGAAAAAAGUGUGACUUAAUGUCUGAGACAUAAUAUACGUGGGGAGUUGUUAGUUCAGAGUGUGUCGUACUGUGUCAGCAUGUCAGACACAAAUCUACAACAUCAAAUGAAGAAACUUGUUAAUGAUGUUAAUUUUAGCUUACGGAAUAAAUACUGAUACGUUUGUUUUGAUUAACUUUUUAGAAACAGGUGAAAUGGUUUAUUUUAGAAUUUAUAUUUUUCAAAUGAAAUGUACAUUGGAAAUAAACAGAAUUAUCAAACAGUGA